CAAGGACUCUCCAGCCUCAAGACACCCUGUGGCGACUGGCAGCAUUCAGUCCCCUAAUUCCCCCAGAUCAGUAGGCAAACGAAAUGUUGACUUACGUUGGACCUUUAAUUGUCAGUGUCACCUAUCACAGCAGGCGUACAUUCUGCCUUUAAUUUCCUUUCCAUGGCAGUAUGUAUAAUUUUUUUUUUUUUAAGCAACACAAAUUUAAAACGAUUACGUGUGUGCACCAUUCCAUCUGACGAACAUGGGACUAACAUCACUUACAACUACUUUGACCACAUAUACGGACGGGCACGCGUCGAGGCCAGCGAUAGCGUGAUACUGCAUGCGCACCUGUCAUAUACCAGCGUGUUGCCGUAGCAGGCGCCGGCCGUGGAGCAGCUACACGUAGUUGAAUGAUCGGGACAAGAUCACAGACUCACCUGCCAUCUCCUCCUUAAACAACUGCUGUGUAGAAGUAUACCCACACGUCGCUGUGACCACGUGACUGUGGAGGUUAAGGUCAAACAUCAAUUCCUGGGCUCGGAAGCCCCGAGAGUUUUUGGCUUGAUGCAUCAAAUGUGAACAUUCUUGUUCAUAUUAGGCAGCGACGUUGUGAACAUGUUUACAUUCUUCCUGUAAGAGUCUGAACUGCACGAUUGUGAGGCAAAUAAGAUGGCGACUGCGGAGCCUGCUAAGGGCGGGCAAGCCAAGUCCCCCGAGCCCCCCACGCCUCGCCCACCUGACGGGGCUGGGGCUGGGUCGUCACCUUCUCCUCCUUCAUGAUCAGCGUCCUCGUGGACGGCGUGUGUUUCAGCCAGGGCAUCUUCUUUAACGUCUUCAUGAAUCACUUCAACUCCAACAAGGCGACCACCUCAUGGAUCGGCUCCGUCCUGAACGGAUCCUACCUCACCAUCGGGCCGUUUGUCAGCAUGCUUGUCAACAAGUUCGGCUGUCGCCAAAUCGCCAUCACGGGUGCUGUCGUGUCGUCAGUGGCCCUGUUUGUGUCGACCUUCUCCCCCAACAUCGCUCUCCUCACCUUCCUAUACGGAUUCAUGGGAGGAAUAGGGUUCGGCUUGAUGUAUCUGCCAGCAAUAGUCAUGGUGGGCUACUACUUUGACAAGAGGCGAGCCCUAGCCACAGGCAUUGCGUGCUGUGGGUCCGGGAUAGGCACCUUCGUGUUUGCCCCACUCUCCGAGUUCCUCCUGGGCGAGUACAACUGGCAGGGCACCACGUGGAUCAUGUCAGGUCUCGUGCUCAACGGUGCCAUCUUCAGUAUGUUCUACCGUCCUCUUCCGGCGGCAACGUGCGACCACAGUGAUAAUUCCGACAUGCAGCUGGCAGAGUUGGGAGACAACAAACCAAUAUAUUCCAAGAAUAGAAAAGACAGUGAACCAAUUGUUAGAUGCCGAUCGUACGACAUGAACUUGAAUAAGCCUGUAAAUGGGCAGAUUUCGAUGAUUAAAGGUGACAAUGAUAUAGCCAGACUUGCUCAUAGCCAUGGAGCAAUACCUCAGGACCGUAGACAUGGCCACAAACAAUCAUACCUGCAGCCUCUGGAGAGGAAGGACAUAUUCUAUAGUGGAAGUAUCAGGAAUCUGAAGGAGUUUAGUCAGGCUGGGUCUGAGAGAGAGUAUACGCGGUCGAUGUUCACCUCCCGCCAGUCUCUGCAGCCGGCGAAUGGGGACAAGGUGGUGGAGAGUCUCCCACUUUGUACACGUGCUGUACGUGGACUGUUGUCUGUGUUCGACAUCUCACUUCUUAAAAGUCCAACAUUUUUACUGUAUGGGAUUUCGUGCUUUCUUUGUAUGAUGGGCUUCUUCGUGCCCUUCACCUACAUCCCACCCCUGGCCCUGGACAUGGACAUCUCGCUGAAAGACGCAGCAUUUCUCAUCUCCAUCAUCGGCAUCACCAACACCGUGGGCAGGGUCGUCGUGGGCUUCGUCUCCGACCAGUCGUGGGCUGAUUGCCUUCUCAUCAACAACAUAGCACUCAUCAUUGCCGGUGUUGCCACCAUACUGGUUCCCUUCUAUGGCAGCUACGGGCUGCUGUCGGCUUAUGUGGCCAUCUUUGGUCUUGGGAUAGCGGUGUUCGUGUCGCUGCGGUCAAUCAUCAUGGUGGAGCUGAUGGGGCUGGAGAAGCUGACCAGCGCAUUUGGACUGGUCAUCAUGUUCCAGGGAAUGUCGUCCUAUAUCGGGGCGCCUAUAGCAGGUGCUAUCGCCGACACGUUCGGUAGUUACAACGCAGCGUUCUACGUGUCGGGGUCGACGUUAGCCAUGGCGGGCGUCAUCUGCCUCCCCCUGCGGAAGUUGGCUGCCUGGGAGAAGGCUCGGGAACACAAACACAGAGCAGCGGAGUCUCAAGCAAUGUUGGACAGUCCCUGACCGGCUGGGGAUAGAAGGGAUUUUGUGUUAGAAUAUAAGUCACCGGCUAAUGAAAAUAUAAACUUGAAAACUGGAUAUGACCGAAACAUUGUAUAAAUAUAUACUGACGUCUCAAAUUCCAUGUAUGUUGAUAAUAUAAAAGUAUAUACGCAUA